UGAUCCCCCCCCCGCCCCCCGCCAAGUAUGUUUGGGCUGGACCAAUUCGAGCCCCAGAUCAACAGCAGGAACGCUGGCCAGGGCGAGAGGAACUUUAACGAGACCGAACUGAGCAUGAACGCCCACUUUAAGGCCGCUGCUUUCCACGCUGGGGGGCCCCCCGGCCCCGUGGACCCUGCCAUGAGCGCGCUGGGCGAGCCCCCGGUCUUGGGUAUAAACAUGGAGCCCUACGGCGGCUUCCACGCGCGCGGCCACUCGGAGUUGCACGCAGGGGGUUUGCAGGCGCAGCCCGUGCACGGUUUCUUCGGCGGCCAGCAACCUCACCACGGCCACCCGGGAGGAGGAGGCCACCACCCUCACCAGCAUCACCCCCACUUUGCAGGGAACUUCGGUGGCCCGGAUCCGGGGGCUUCUUGCUUGCACGGGGGUCGCCUGCUUGGCUACGGUGGCGCAGCCGGCGGCCUGGGCAGCCAACCGCCCUUCGCGGAGGGUUACGAGCACAUGGCGGAGAGCCAGGGGCCGGACAGCUUCGGGCCGCAGCGACCCGGGAACCUCCCGGACUUCCAUAGUUCGGGCGCCUCGGGCCACGCCGUGCCUGCGCCAUGCCUGCCGCUGGACCAGAGCCCUAACCGGGCCGCCUCCUUCCACGGCCUGCCCGCCUCCAGCGGCUCCGAUUCCCACAGUCUGGAGCCCCGGAGGGUCACGAACCAAGGAGCCGUGGUGGACUCGCUGGAAUACAAUUACCCGGGCGAGGCGCCCUCGGGACAUUUUGACAUGUUUCCGCCCUCGGACUCGGAGGGGCAGCUGCCUCAUUAUGGGGCGGGUCGCCAGGUUCCCGGGGGCGCUUUCCCGGGUGCUUCGACCCUAUCCAGAGCCUCGGGGAUAGUGGGUUUGUCCAAAAUGCACCCACAGCAGCACGGCGUGUUCUUCGAGAGGUUUGGGGGCGCACGCAAGAUGCCCGUGGCUGUGGAGCCUGGAGUGGGCUCCCGGCACCCCUUGAUGCAACCUCCCCAGCAGGCCUCCGCGCCCCCCCAGCAGCAAGCCCCGGCACAGCAGCCGCCACCGCCGCCACCGCCACCGCCGCCGCCGCCGCAGCCGCCGCAGCAGCCACCGCCACCCGGGCUUCUCGUCCGGCAGAAUUCGUGCCCGCCUGCGCUCCCGCGGCCCCAGCAGGGCGAGGCGGGCAUGGCCAGCGGUGGUUCCAUGCAAGACGGGGGCCCCAUGCUGCCCAGCCAGCACGCGCAGUUCGAGUACCCGAUCCACCGGCUGGAGAACCGGGGCAUGCACCCUUACCAGGAGCCCGUGUUCAACAUGCAACAUCCCCCGCCACCCCCGCCGCCGCCACCGCCGCCGCCGCCGCCACCGCCACCGCAGGCGUCCAACCAGCGGCUGCAGCAUUUCGAUGCGCCCGCUUACAUGAACCUGGCCAAAAGGCCGCGCUUUGACUUCCCGGGCAGCGCAGGGGUGGACCGCUGCGCCUCGUGGAACGGCGGCGGCGGCGCCAUGGACAAUCACCUCUCGCCCUCCACCUACCCGGGCCUCCCCGGCGAGUUCACGCCGCCGGUGCCGGACAGCUUCCCCUCGGGGCCAUCUUUGCAGCACCCGACCCCGGAUCACCCGGUCCUCCGCCAGCAGCAGCAGCAGCAGCAGCAGCAGCAGCGCCAAAACGCGGCCCUUAUGAUCAAACAGAUGGCGUCCCGCAACCAGCAGCAGCGGCUGCGCCAGCCUAACCUGGCCCAGCUAGGCCACCCGGGGGACGUAGGCCAGGGCGGCCUGGUCCACGGCAGCCCCGUGGGCGGCUUGGCUCAGCCGAGCUUUGAGCGCGAAGGCGGUGGCGCGGGCGCAGGGCGCUUGGGGACCUUCGAGGCGCAGGCGCCCCACUUGGCGCAGGAGAGCGCAUGGUUCCCAGGUCCUCAUCCACCGCCUGGUGACCUGCUGUCCCGCAGGAUGGGCGGCUCAGGCCUGCCUCCUGACUGCGGCCCUCACGACCCCAGCCUGGCGCCUCCCCCUGCAGCUGGUGGCUCAGGGGUGUUGUUCCGGGGUGCCCUGCAGGAGCCGCUGAGGAUGCCCGGAGAGGGCCACGUGCCCGCGCUGGCUUCGCCAGGCCUGCAGUUUGGGGGCAGCCUGGCCGGCCUGGGACAGCUGCAGUCCCCAGGGGCCGGGGUGGGGCUGCCCAGUGGUGCUCCAUCAGAGCGCAGGCCCCCCGCGGACUUCGCUGCUCCCGCGCUCGGGGGCCAGCCCGGCUUCCCAUUUGGCGCAGCGAGCCGGCAGGCCACACCGCACAGCGGCCCCGGUGUCAACUCGCCCCCGGGUGCAGGCGGGGCGGGUGGCAGCUCCGGAGGUGGUGGGGGCGGUGGUGGUGGUGGCGGUGGUGGUGGGGGCGGUGGCGGUGGGGGCGGUGGCGGUGGGGGCGCUUACCCCCCACAGCCUGACUUCCAGCCCAGCCAGCGCACCUCGGCCAGCAAGCUGGGCGCGCUCUCCCUGGGCUCUUUCAACAAACCCAGCUCCAAGGACAACCUGUUUGGUCAGAGCUGCCUGGCCGCCCUGUCCACCGCCUGUCAGAACAUGAUCGCCAGCCUGGGGGCCCCCAACCUGAACGUGACGUUCAACAAGAAGAACCCACCCGAGGGCAAGAGGAAACUGAGCCAGACUGAGACCGAGGGCGCAGCCGCGGCCGGCAACCCGGGCUCGGAUUUCUUCCCUGGAGGGUCGGCUCCUGGGGUCCCUGGCCCCGGGGGCCCCUUGGCGGCCAGUAGCAGUGGUUCCAAAGCCUCAGGGCCCCCCAACCCGCCCAGCCAGGGAGAUGGCACCAGCCUCUCUCCCAAUUACACCCUGGAAUCAACCUCGGGGAACGAUGGCAAGCCGGUCCCCGGGGGCGGCGGCCGGGGAAGGGGUCGGAGAAAAAGGGACAGUGGUCACGUGAGCCCUGGGACCUUCUUCGACAAGUACUCAGCUGCCCCGGACAGUGGGGGCGCACCUGGGGUGAGCCCAGGGCAGCAGCAGGGUCCAGGGGCCGCAAGUGACGGCAGAGGGGCGCCCAUGCCCUAUGAGAAAGCACUCACGCCGCCAUCGUGGGGAAAGGGGUCCGAGUUGCUACUUGGGGACCAGUCAGAGCUCAUGGCGUCCCUGGACGGAGGGGCCAAGUCGGAUGGUAAUUCCCCGCACGUGGGGGAGUUCGCCUCGGAUGAGGUGAGCAGCAGCUGUGCCAAGGAAGACGAAGUGUCGUCCAGUUCUGACAGCCCUCCGGCCCUGGCCAAAGCCAGCAGGAGCCCUUUGGUGACCGGUUCGCCCAAACUCCCUCCUCGAGGGCUGGGCACCGGGGAACACGGACAGAAGGUGACCCCGCUCGGCCUGGGUAUCCUGUCUACAUCUACCUCCACCCCUGACAGCCAUGGCCACCCCGGAACUCCCGGCCUGGAGCAGGUCCGGACCCCCACGAGCAGCGGGGCGCCACCGCCCGAUGAGAUCCACCCCCUGGAGAUCCUUCAGGCUCAGAUCCAGCUGCAAAGGCAACAGUUCAGCAUCUCCGAAGGCCAGCCCCUGGGACUCAACGGUGCCAAGAAGGGGGAGUGCACCGUGGGGGCCACAGGUGCCCAGAACGGUGACACCGAGCUGGGCAGCUGUUGCUCUGACGCGGUAAAAAGUGCCAUGAGUACCAUCGACCUGGACUCGCUGAUGGCAGAGCACAGCGCCGUCUGGUACAUGCCAGCCGACAAGGCCCUGGUGGACGGCGCAGAGGACGACAAGAGCCUGGUGCCCUGGGAGAAGGCCAAAGUCCAGAAUCCCAACAGCAAAGAAGCCCACGACCUCCCAGCCAACAAGGCCUCGGCCCCCCAGCCCGGCAGCCACUUACAGUGCCUGUCCGUCCACUGCACAGAUGAUGUGAGCGACAGCAAGGCCCGCGGCUCCGUGCCGGCCUGGCGGUCACUGCACUCCGACAUCUCCAACAGAUUUGGGACAUUUGUGGCUGCCCUGACUUGAACCACCGACCGACCGGAGCCCCGUUCCCCGUUCUGUCCCCACAGCAGCCCGCCCUGUGUCCAUCCAUUAGAAAGGCCGCUGUGGCGAGUGGGUGACAUGUCUGAUUUUAUUAUUAUUAUUUUUUUGCUCUAGGUUGGAACCUGCUUAGUGACAUUGGGACCGGAAGGGGUUAAUUAGAAUAAAGGGUUUUUUUUUUUUUUAGCACCUGUCUGCCACAGACCAGACCCGAGUGAAACCGUCCCUGUCCCUGUCCCUGCCCCCCCCCACCCCGUCCGCCCUGUGACAUUCUCAGGCUGCUUUGUGCGGCUGAGAACUUGCUAUUUCUUAAGAAGACAAGUGGCUUUGCUUUGUCCCCCAGCCCUGCUCCGUUUGGGUCACAGCAGUUCUGAGAUGUCACCGGGUCACAGUCACAAAGUCAUCCUAAUAUCCUGUACUGACACCCAGGAGCCAAUGACUCAGGCGCCCUGCCGGUGGUGACGCCUUGUUUUGUCUGAUCCCCAAGGACAGAGAGAGAGAGAGAGAGAGAGAGAGAGAGAGAGAGAGAGAGGCCUGUUCACCCGUCACUCCCUAGGCCUCCAGCUCUGGAAGCUUCUGGGGGGGACCAGGCCCGGGGACCGGGAGGGGACGGGGACAGGAACCCCUCUCUCCUCCUGCAGAAGAAGGAGGGACCUGGGGGUCCCCAGCUCUCCCGUUCCGUCCCCAAGGGGCCCAGGGCCACCAGCAAGGCCCCCUGCCCCGGCCUGGCCUGGGCCAUUUCUUUGCAGACCCCUGGGCUGGCGGAGGGACAGGGGGGCGUCCACUGAGUGGUUUUUUAGGUGACAUGCAUGUCACCCUGUGCCCGGUCCCCAGCAGGGGUCACUUCUACUUGGGGUGACGGGAGGCCAGGCGGGGGUCCCCAGGGCGGCCAGGCAAGAAGUGACAGCUGCAGCUUCUUAGGAUCAGACGGUCUUUGGGCCCCUUGUCUGUCCCCCAGGUCCCGAGGGACGCCCAGCUUCUUUUUCUUUUUCUUUUUUCUUUUGCAAGUGACCUGCAGCCUUGGGGUUCCAAACAAAUCCCGGUUGUUUCUUUCAAGGACUUUGCAACCCAGCGAGACGGGUGUCCACACAACCCUAGCUCUCUCCUGUCCCUUGUCCCCCAGUGUCCCCUGGCCGGUCCUCCCGAGCUGAGUGAGGUCCAGGUGUCACCGGGGCUGUGUGACCAGGGCCAGACCCCGGCCAGCUGGCCAUGGAGGACAGACGGAAGGACGGAAGGCAGCAAGGGGGCCGCGAGGUGACAGAUGUCACCCGUGGGGACACGACUCCACGUCCCCUGAAUUCUGCAGUGUGGCUUCAUCUGAACCUUUGCACCCAGGACCAGUGGGCACUGCCCGUCUUCCGUCUGCCAGUGCCCGCCGCGGUGUCCAUCUGAACUUGACCUUGAGCUGGUGGCCGUGUUGACCUCGGAACCUCCACACCCCGGAGCUGUCACCGUGCUGCAGCUUGGGGUCCCCAAAACCCCGAUAGUGGCCCCAAAAAGGAUGGGAUUUCCUUAAAUCCGGUUGAACAGAAAGGCGGAUGAAAGCCACGAGCCCUCGCUGGCCACUGGUGACACUGGGUGGGGACACGUGAGGGAGACAGCUCGGCCGCUCCGUCCCCUCCCUGCAAUGUCCCCAGGCUCGCUCGGAGGACUGGCGGUGGCUCACGAAGCUCAGUGGGAUUUUUUGUUCUUUUCUAACAAAAUCUGUAAAGUGCAGCCUCCGUGUUCAUGCUGUGUACAUAGCUGUAUAUGUCCCCAGCGCGGUCACAAUAAACAUGGCGUCAGUGUGACGGUGACGUUGUGGGCGUGGGGGCUUCCCGUCCUCCCCCCCCUCCCUCUCUCUCCCUCUCUCUCCCUCUCCCUCUCUCUCUCUCUCUC